GGGGGGUCUCAGCACGGCUCACCCACAGGCUGGGAGGAGCAGAGAGCGGCACAACAGCCCCUGGAGCACGACCCAACCCCGUCCACCGUGUAUGAGGCUGGGACGCAGUACGCAGGACCCGCGUCCGCAGAGACACCCCUUCCGAUGUCCCGACAUGAGACUUCUCCGACAACGGUGCAACCCGCCAGCAACCACCGCCCCAACGCCUGCUGCUUCUGCUGGUGCUGCUGCUGCAGCUGCUCAUGGAACGAGGACCGGGAGCGAGCAUGGAGGGCAUCCCGGGAGACCAAACUGGAGCCCAUCCCUAACUGUGAAGCAUGUGCCAAACCCACACCAGAGGAGGUGCAGGGCUGGGCACAGUCCUUCGACAAGCUGAUGAAGAGCCCGGCGGGGCGCAACGUCUUCCGGGAGUUUUUGCGGACUGAGUACAGCGAGGAGAACAUGCUCUUCUGGCUGGCCUGUGAGGAGCUCAAAACCGAGUGCAACAAGCACACCAUCGACGAGAAGGCCAGGAUGAUCUACGAGGACUACAUCUCCAUCCUCUCUCCCAAGGAGGUGAGCCUGGACUCGCGGGUGCGGGAGGUCAUCAACCGGAAGAUGCAGGAGCCGUCCUCGCACACCUUCGACGACGCACAGCUCCAGAUCUACACGCUGAUGCACAGAGACUCCUACCCCCGCUUCCUGAACUCUGCCAUAUACAAAUCGCUGCUCCAGAGCGUCUCCCACUCCUCCUCGGAGUCCUAAGGGCGCCCACCGGCCACGGGGACACUGAUGGGGACAGAGUGGCUGGAGGGGCUUGGUGCCUCCUCACCUCCGCCACCUUCCCUGCUGGCCCCCACGAAGUUUUUAGCUUUUUACCUAUGAACUGUCACCCCGGUGUCUGGGCCACGCUCCAGGACUGUCCCCGAGGCGCAGCCCGGGCCAGCUCAUACUACUGAACCCUUGCCCCGUCCCCGCCGCUGGCCGGAGCGAGCUGGGGGAGCUCACGGGAGAGCGCCCGGGACCCGGUUUCCCCCACACCCUGUUUUGAAGAGGUCACUUUAUCCCAUCUCCACCACACCCGGGGACACGGCACAUCCCCAUUUCCCACCUGAGACCCAGCUGGGGACUGAGUUGGGGGUUUUUUUGAGGUGGGGGGGGAGGUCAAUUGUUGUUUGGUUUGUUUUGUUUUUUUUUUUUACUUUUAAUUUUAAAUGCUCUUUUGGUUGGCUUUUACUGGGGAACUCGAGGGGCGGGAGGGGGGUUUGACAAGUGUCUCUGUACAUAUAAAAACUUGUCAGGUUUACAUCACUCGGUCUGUUUUAGGUGGCCCAAGGGGUGGGGGGCAGUGCUGCA